UCGUGGGACGCUUUCUUCCGGAACGCCAGCGCCGGCGCCCCCCCCGGCCACGCCUACCAGAGGCCUCUGUCCGUCAGUCCGGAGCACCGAGCCAAGCUGAUUGAGAGCCAUGGGCUGGCGAGGAGCCAAGCCAAGACGGACAAGCUGGUGGAGGACCACCUGGCUGUACAGUCGCUGAUCCGGGCCUAUCAGAUCCGAGGGCAUCAUGUGGCCCAGCUGGAUCCCCUGGGCAUCCUAGAUGCCGACCUGGAUUCAUUUGUGCCCUCAGAUCUGAUCACGACCAUCGACAAACUGGCUUUCUAUGACCUGCACGAGUCCGAUCUGGACAAGGUUUUCCAGCUGCCCACGACCACCUUCAUUGGGGGCUCUGAGAGCACUCUGUCCCUACGUGAGAUCAUCAGGCGUUUGGAGAGCACCUACUGCCAGCACAUCGGCUUGGAGUUCAUGUUCAUCAAUGACGUGGAGCAGUGUCAGUGGAUCCGGCCAGAAUGUUCGAGAUGCCCCGGGGUGAUGAAGUUCAGCAGCGAGGAGAAGAGGACUCUGCUGGCCCGGCUGGUGCGCUCCAUGAGGUUUGAAGAUUUCCUGGCGCGGAAGUGGUCCUCGGAGAAGAGAUUUGGGUUGGAAGGCUGCGAGGUCAUGAUCCCUGCCCUCAAGACCAUCAUCGACAAAUCCAGCGAGAUGGGCAUCGAGAAUGUGAUCCUGGGGAUGCCCCACAGGGGCAGGCUGAAUGUGUUGGCCAACGUCAUCCGGAAGGAGCUGGAGCAAAUCUUCUGCCAGUUUGACCCCAAGCUUGAGGCGGCUGAUGAGGGCUCUGGGGAUGUGAAGAAUCACCUGGGGAUGUACCACGAGCGGGUCAACCGGGUCACCAAAAACAUCACCCUGUCCGCUGGUGGCCAAUCCUCUCACCUGGAGGCCGUGGAUCCAGUGGUGCAGGGCAAGACCAAGGCUGAGCAGUUCUACCGAGGGGACACCUCAGGGAAGAAGGUCAUGUCCAUCCUAGUCCAUGGGGACGCGGCCUUUGCUGGGCAGGGCGUGGUGUACGAGACUUUCCACCUCAGCGAUCUACCGUCCUACACCACUAAUGGCACGAUCCACGUCGUGGUCAACAACCAGAUUGGCUUCACCACAGACCCCCGGAUGGCUCGCUCCUCCCCCUACCCAACAGACGUGGCCCGCGUGGUCAACGCCCCCAUCUUCCACGUGAACGCGGACAACCCCGAGGCCGUCAUCUAUGUGUGCGGAGUCGCGGCUGAGUGGCGGAACACCUUCAACAAGGACGUCAUCGUGGACCUGGUCUGCUACCGCCGCCGAGGCCACAACGAGAUGGACGAGCCCAUGUUCACCCAGCCCCUCAUGUACAAGCAGAUCCACAAGCAGGUGCCGGUGCUCAAGAAGUAUGCAGACAAGCUGAUCGCAGAAGGGACCGUGACCCUGCAGGAGUUUGAGGAGGAAAUUGCCAAGUAUGACCGGAUCUGUGAGGAGGCUUACACUAGGUCGAAGGAUAAGAAAAUUCUGCACAUUAAGCACUGGCUGGAUUCCCCAUGGCCUGGGUUCUUCAACCUGGACGGCGAACCCAAGAGCAUGGCCUGUCCCCCGACUGGGAUCCCGGAAGACAUGCUGACGCAUAUCGGCACCGUGGCCAGCUCCGUGCCCCUGGAGGGUUUCGUGAUCCACGGAGGUCUCUCUCGGAUCCUGAGGAGCCGUGUGGAGAUGAUUAAGAAUCGGACGGUGGACUGGGCUUUGGCCGAGUACAUGGCCUUCGGCUCCCUGCUGAAGGAGGGGAUCCAUGUCCGACUAAGCGGGCAAGACGUGGAGCGGGGCACUUUCAGCCACCGGCACCACGUGCUGCACGACCAGGAAGUGGACCGGAGGACCUGCGUGCCCAUGAACCACCUCUGGCCGGACCAAGCCCCGUACACGGUCUGCAACAGCUCCCUCUCCGAGUACGGCGUCCUGGGCUUUGAACUUGGCUUUGCCAUGGCAAGCCCCAACGCGUUGGUGUGCUGGGAAGCCCAAUUUGGUGACUUCCACAACACCGCCAGUGCAUCAUCGGCAUGCAUCAUCCAGUUCAUCAGCUCGGGCCAGGCCAAGGGUCCGCCACAAUGCAUCGUCCUGCUCUUGCCUCACGGCAUGGAGGGCAUGGUAAGGAAACACUCAUCGGCUCGACCGGAGAGGUUUCUACAGAUGAGCAAUGACGACUCGGAUGCCUACCCGGUAGGUACGAUGACUGUUGAGGUGGGCCAGCUGUACGACUGCAACUGGAUCGUCGUGAAUUGCUCCACCCCGGCCAAUUAUUUCCAUGUGCUCAGGAGGCAGAUUCCUCCGUUCCGGAAGCCGCUGAUCAUCUUCACUCCAAAGUCCCUGUUGAGACACCCGGAAGCGAAGUCUGGCUUCGAUGAGAUGGUUUCCGGCACCAGCUUCCGAGGGUCAUCCCGAGUGUGGGCCGCCGCCCAGGCCCCGGCGGAGGUGAAACGGCUGAUUCUCUGCACGGGGAAGGUCUACUAUGACCUGGUGAAGGAAAGGAAGAACCAAACUGAAAAGCAAGUGGCCAUCACUAGGCUGGAGCAGAUCUCGCCUUUCCCCUUCGAUCUGGUGAAGCAAGAGGCCGAGAAGUACUCAGGGGCUGAACUCAUCUGGUGUCAGGAAGAACACAAGAACAUGGGCUACUAUGACUACAUCAAGCCCCGUUGUCUCACCGUCCUGGGUCAGGCUCGGCCCAUAUGGUAUGUUGGUCGGGAUCCAGCCGCUGCCCCGGCGACCGGGAACAAGAAUGCUCACCUGGUGUCCCUGAAGAGGUUCUUGGACACCGCGUUCAACCUGGAGGCUUUUGAGGGAAAGACUUUCUAGUGGGGCCUGGAAAGGCAUCCCCAUUUCUCCCACCUGCAUCUGGCCGCAGGGUGGGCCAUGCAAUCACCUUCCAAAGAAUGGACAGUUACCAGGAAAGGACAGUGUCCAGGGGAAGGCGGUCCUUGUCAGCCGACUGUCUUUCCUUAUUUGUAGCACAAGAGUCUGGAAAAGGAUUCCCUUAGGUCAUUAGGUGACUCCAAGAAAGAAAGGAAAAGGCACCUAAAAUAUUAAUCAAAGGAAAUUUGCUCUGGAGUUUUACUAGAGUGGGAGACCCUCUGUAUGGGAGGUCUGGGCGUGUAGGUGAUAUCUUGGGCGGGGGUGUACUGACUGGGUUACACUGGGAGGAGCCCCUGUUGCUGACUUGCUGGUCUUCUGAAGGGAUUUAGGGCUCAGAGCGUUUGUCCAAUCUCCUUGGAGUUCCUUCUCACUGGGAGACUGGAGCUGUCGAGGAUCCAGAGGAUGGACAACUCCGGUUUGUUUCUGACCCUGGGAUGAGGUUUCCUCUAAGAAAACCCAGAUCACCUCUCAGUGUCCAGUCCCAUGUCUGAUGGAAGGGGGUGGACUUUCUCACCUGCUUCCAGUAGGCACUCUGGGCCCAAUUUUUUUAAGAGACCGCCCCCAGAUAAUAAUUAUGGUAUUUGUUAAGGGCUUACUGUGUGCCAGGCACUGUACUAAGCGCUGGGGUGGAUACAAGCAAAUUGGGUUGGACAUAAUCCCUGUCCCACAGAGGGCUCACAGUCUUAAUCCCCAUUUUACAGAUGAGGUACCUGAGGCACAGAGAAAUCAAAUGACUUGCCCAAGGCCACACAAUCUCACAGAUCUCACCUCAUGGUCAGGAAAUAGGAACCAGACAUCCUUUCUGGUUGGAAGGCCCAGGCCCAGACUCUUGGGCAGGAGAUGAGCAAGAACAGAAGCCUUGGGAUGACAACCCACUCUGAGCACUGUGCAUGCGUGUAUGCCCGUAUACAACGGAGAGCGUGUACACACCCCGCAAAAGUGGUGAGAAUCGUGGGAAUUCGGUGGGAGGCUGAAGGUCCGAAUAGCUGAAUCGAAUCUGCUGCCCGGGAGCAUCUGGGCUGAGACUCCCAGGGCCUUACUUGCUGUUUGUGGAUCACCAGCGUUGUAGUAACUGCACUUGUCCUUGCAGCCUGACGAGAUCUCUGCAGAUGCAGAUGAGAAGUGAUGUGGAUUAUUAAGUUCUUGAUCUGUCGUGAUCCUGGUUUUCAACUUGGUGUGACAAGACAUUAAAUUGGACAAAAGUGAGAGCCCAAACUAAUGGAUCUGAUGCUGCUAUAAUUCUGAGCCCUUCCUUAAGUUUCAGAGCUAGUUUCGUUGGCCGUGUCUUCUGCCUUUAAAAAACCUUUGUUGCUUCCAUUUUUGAAGCCAGUGCUUUGGGAUACAGUCUGGUCCAGCCUAAGGGACCUGUCUGCCUCUUGCUUUUUCCUUACUGGACCAAGUGAUCUCAUGAAUGCAGUAGACUUAAAGCCACAUGCGAUUCCAUGCUGUUAUAAAUGAGAAUUUCAGCAACAACUAGGGGCUGAAGCUACAUAAUGGCCGGAGCUUUUUUUAUUGUGCCCUGUUUUACUGGGCAGCAUAAUGAGUCUGUCGUCCUUUCUGUGAUCGGUGUGUUCAUUUGUUCUGGGUGGCGCGGGUAUGUACCAAAAUCAGAAACAAACAAAAAAAUGAAAUAAAAAGUGGUAAAUAGAAAAUU